AUGGGCAAACAUGACAUGUCUGAUCAUAUUUAUGACAACACCAACUGGAUGAAAAAGGAUUCAUUUGGAAUUAGGAAAUCUGCCAAAGAGAAGCAACGUAGACCUAUCCGUGCCAAGGUUCUUGCUGCUCUCCUCAUCCUGUCUCUGCUGGUUAAUGGAGUGCUGGCAUACUUGUAUGUCACUAAAUACAAAAAUGUGCUGAUGCAUUGCGAGCCAGGAACAAAUUGCUCAAAUGCAGACCAUGAUCAAGGUAGUCCGGGCUGCAUAUAUGAUGAGGACUGGAGGUCAAUAAACUACUGCCCAGAUUUGCCAGAGCAGUGGUAUAAGGGCAACGGCAGAUUUUACGUUUUCUCCAGUCACAACAAGACCUGGAGCUCCAGCAGAAAGUAUUGUCAGGAUCUGGGUGGAGAUCUGGUCAUUAUCAACAACACAGAGGAGAAGGGAUUUCUUGCUCAGAGACUGUGUGUUGCUGGUGAAUCUGAUCUCUACUGGGCUGGGAACAAGGAUGGGAAUCUGAAUCCCAAAGACAACUGUGCUGUUCUUAAAGGAAAUACACAAGAAAACAUUUAUUGCUUAAGAGAAGAGAAGAGCAUUUGUGAGAUCCCAUGCCUUCAAUAA